AUGCUCGCAUGCUUCGCGAGCGCUAGCGGGAGCGAGAAUGGGCCAUCGCCUUUCCCUGCCAGUCAGAGUGUGCCGCCUCGACCUGGAGUCGACGGCUUGAGACAGAUUUCGGCGCUGCAGACCGCCCUCAAUAGGCGACUCGGUCCCGAGUAUAUUCAGACACGAGCGGGCUACGGCACUGGUGGAAAGAAGCUGUCGUACCUAGAGGGCUGGAAAGCUAUUGAUUUGGCCAACGAGGUGUUUGGCUUCAAUGGCUGGUCCACUUCCAUAGUGCGGAUGGAUACGGACUUUUGCGAUGUUGACAACGACGGCAAAGUAAGGAUCGGGAUGUCGUGCAUCAUUAGAAUUACCCUUCGCGAUGGAACCUUCCAUGAAGACGUUGGGUACGGUGCGAUGGAAGGAAGCAAACACAAGGGGCAAGCUUUCGAAAAGGCACGGAAAGAAGCGACGACGGAUGCGUUCAAGAGAGCUCUGAGAUCGUUUGGCAGGAUGGUGGGCAAUUGUCUGUACGACAGAACUUUUACCGACCAGCUCGCCAAG